AUGGAUCGCAUUCCAUUCUCGGUGUUCCUCAUUUUGAUGUUUCUUCUGGUUAAUGUGUUUCCAAUGUCAAAUUCUGUAGAAGAAAAUGUGAAGCAGGCGUUAGUGCAGUUCAUGGAUAAACUUUCAGAAGGAAAUGAUAACAACUUGGGUUGGAACGUCACCUCAGACCCCUGCACCGAUGGUUGGGUAGGUGUCACCUGUGACUCUAAGCUGCAAACCGUAAAGAAAAUAGUUGUUGAUGAAUUCAAUUUAACAGGAACAAUUGAUGCAUCUUCUUUAUGUGAGGUUAAUUCUCUUGUUAUUUUGAGCUUGAGAAGGAACUACAUUGUCGGCUUCAUUCCUGACGAGAUUGGAAAUUGCAAAAUCCUAACUCACUUGUAUAUAAGUGACAAUCGAAUCUCCGGUCGGAUUCCUGAUGGACUUUUACAGUUGAGAAACUUGAAAAGGCUGGACAUAUCCAACAAUUAUUUAUCUGAUAACAUUCCUACUCUAAGUGGAAUUUCAGGCCUGCUUUCCUUCCUCGCCCAAGGCAAUCAGCUUAGAGGGAUAAUACCAGAUUUUAGUUUCUCAAACCUACUACAGGAAUUCAAUGUCUCAAACAACGAGUUAAGUGGUCGAAUUCCUGAUAUUCUAAGCAAUUUCAGUGCAGCCAGCUUUUCUGGUAAUGCUGGAUUAUGUGGAAAACCACUAUCUAAUGCAUGCCCACCCUCACCACCACCAGCAUCCUCACCUUUUAGUUAUUUUUGA